AUGGCCGACACUGAAGCUCCCGUCGCUGCCCCUGCGGCCGACACCACGCAGCAGCAGCGUCCCACCAAGCCCGACGAGGAUGCCUACAACAAGUCCCUCGUCGCGGCUGAAAAGGCUCACAAGGCGGCCAUGGAUCGUCUGAAUGCCAUCAAGGCCAAGAUCGACAUUGCCAUGCCCAAGAAGGACGCCGAGACUCCCACGCAGAAGCGCCGCAAGGAGCUCAUCGCCCAGGCCAACGAGAUCCGCACCAAGCAGGCUGGCGGUAAGAAAGCCCGCACGAGCAAGCUGGACCAGAUCAAGAAGCUCGACGAGCAGCUGCGCAGCCGCAUCCAGGAGCAGAAGAAUGCCAAGGGCAAGGUGUCGUACAAGUCGGUCGAGGACGUCGAUCGCGAGAUUGCAUCGCUCGAGAAGCAGGUGAACAGCGGAACCAUGCGCCUGGUCGACGAGAAGAAGGCGCUGGCGGACAUUUCCAACCUCCGUAAGGUGCGCAAGAACUUUGGCCAGUUUGACGACGCGCAGCGCCAGAUCGAUGAGACCCGCGCCAAGAUCAAGGAGAUCAAGGACUCGAUGGACGACCCCGAGCAAAAGGCCAUGUCGGAAAAGUACAAUGCCAUCCAGGCCGAGCUGGACGCCAUCAAGGCCGAGCAGGACGAGGCGUACAAGAGCAUCAACUCGCUGCGCGACGAGCGCACCAAGCUCCAUGCCGAGCAGCAGGAGACCUGGGCCGCGAUCCGCAAGAUCAAGGACGACUACCACACCCAGCGCAAGGCCUUCAACGCCUAUGACCGCGAGCAGAAGGACAAGGCGCGCGAGAGGCGCAAGGCCGAGCAGGAGAAGUACCUCCAGGACCGCAAGAAGGCCGAGGCCGAGACCGUCCUCGCCGAGGCCAGCGACCCAGCCUACAUGGAGGAGAUUCGUCGCGCCAACAGCCUGCUCCUCUUCCUCGACCCCGAGCACAAGGUGGAGAAGGGCCCCUUGAUGGCUGAGUCUGGCCUGACGGCCCAGGCCACCCGCAAAGUCGAGGACGCCCCUGCCGGAACCAAGCUCCUCCGCAAGGAGGAUCGUGAGGAGGACCUCUUCGCCCCCACCGCGAAGAAGGGCAAGAAGGGUAAGAAGGGUGGUGCUGGCGGCGCCUCUGCCAAGAGCUUCAACUGCCCCCCUUCGGUCGUCGAGGACUGCGCUUUCAUGGGCAUUGACCCGCCCAUGAGCCAGGCCGACGUCCCCGAGGUCACCAAGAAGGUCCGCGCCAAGCUGGACCAGUGGAAGGCGGACCAGGAGACUCAGACGCAAAAGAACAUUGAAAAGGCCAAGAAGAAGAUUGAGGAGCUCGAAAAGGCCGACGCUAAUGGUAACGGCGUUGACGAGGCCACCGAAGGCGUCAAGGAGACCUCUCUCGAGGAUAAGCAGGAGUCGUAA